AGCAAAUAAAAUAAAUGAUGAUAAUUAUUUUUAAAUAAGCUCCAGAGGUUCCUAUCUCGCUCUGCCUUUCCCUCGGGGAAAGCUGGAAAACGCACACUAGUGCUGCUGCUGCUACUGUCCACUUCAUCUCCGAUCACUCUGCGUCGCUAUGUUGAAUGAUCACAGGGCUUCUACUAGCCACAGAAGAGACGAGGAAGAAGAAGAUGAAGAAGAAAUAAGAGAAAUCCACGCCUUGACACCACCUCGUCCUCCUCCACCCACUAACCGUGGCCGUCGGAGAGACUCUUGGGAAACACAUAGCCGCCGAUCGUCGUCUCUGUCCGUGGCCAGCACUGAAGCUGCUUCCGUCGAGAACUUCACCAGCAUGAGCAGAGAAUUCAGUGCUCUGGUUAUGGCAGGAUCGAGCAUUAGCGGUCGUAACUACAGCACUCAUUUGAACGGCCAUGAAAACGAAGGAGGCAACAACUUGGGGAGGAUCAGAGAAGAGGACAUGACGGAGGAGACAAACCCACUGGCGAUCGUGCCCGAUCCUAACCCGCUGGGAAUGCGAAUCGGGUCCACUUCCAAUGGUGAAGGUGAAGUAGUGUCGGUGCAGAGGGUGAAGAAGGAAGAGGUGGAGGCCAAGAUAUCUGCGUGGCAGAACGCUAAGAUUGCUAAGAUCAAUAAUAGGUUCAAAAGAGAAGACGCUGUCAUCUCUGGGUGGGAAAGUGACCAGGUUCAGAAAGCUACUUCUUGGAUGAAGAAAGUCGAGAGGAAGCUGGAGGAGAAAAGGGCAAAAGCUUUGGAAAAGAUGCAAAACGGCAUCGCAAAAGCUAGAAGGAAGGCUGAGGAGAAAAGGGCAUCAGCAGAAGGCAGAAGAGGAACUAAAGUGGCUAAAAUUCUCGAAAUCGCCAAUCUCAUGAGAGCAGUUGGUAAAUUUCCAGCCAAAAGAUCCUUCUUUUAAUCUCCGCUAUAUCUUGUAUAUUUUAAAUUUCAUUUUUUUUUUGGGACAAACAAUAUGUUUAGAUACUCCUACAUAUUAUGUGGAUCAUAGCUGUCCUCAUGUCAUGGUCUGUGGGUGCCCGAAAAAGAAGGGCAGCUAUCAUAUAAUUAUGAACCAACUGGGGUGAUUUUGAGUGAUUGGCUUAAGCGUACUGGCUAGAAAUACCAUUUGGAGUGUUUUUGGGUUUUGUAGAGUGUAGAUUAAUUUAUUGAUUCCCUGGUUUGGUGCUUCA